AUUCAACGAUUUUGUUUGAUAGUAUUCACUAUAUAUAUUGAUAUACAUAUAGAUAUACUUUGCAACACUUGAAGCGUAUCAACCUCGGAAAACAUAUCAGCAGCAUAAGCAAUGUCCAACACUUCACCAGAUUGGCCUGAACCAAUAGUGAGAGUUCAAUCCUUGUCGGAAAGAUGCAUAGAUUCAAUCCCAGACAGGUAUAUCAAGCCCCCGACCCAUAGGCCUGUUUCUGCUUCUACUUCUACUUCCACUUCGGAUGCAAAUAUCCCAGUUAUAGACUUCGGAGAUUUUCUGGGCACCGACCCGGACGCGAGGAAGUUGGUGCUCCAGAAAGUCGCCGAGGCCUGCAAUGACUGGGGGUUCUUCCAAGUGGUGAACCACGGGGUUAGACCAGAGUUGAUGGACAAGGCUAGGGAAACUUGGCGUGAAUUCUUUCACCUUCCCAUGGAAUUGAAGCAAAAAUAUGCUAACUCUCCAAAGACUUAUGAAGGUUAUGGAAGUAGGCUUGGUGUUGAAAAGGGUGCUAUUCUUGAUUGGAGUGAUUACUAUUUCCUUCACUACCUUCCUUUGUCACUCAAAGAUUAUAACAAAUGGCCUUCUUUGCCUCUCUCUUGCAGGGAAGUGUUUGAUGAAUAUGGGAGAGAGGUGGUGAAGCUAGGAGGGAGGUUGUUGAAGGCUUUGUCUAUAAACUUAGGUUUAGAAGAGGAUUUUCUCCAGAAUGCAUUUGGGGGUGAAGAUAUUGGGGCAUGUUUGAGGGUUAAUUUUUACCCAAAGUGCCCUCGGCCGGAGCUAACGCUUGGUCUGUCGUCGCACUCGGACCCCGGAGGGAUGACGAUGUUGCUGCCGGACGACCAAGUUGCCGGCCUUCAGGUUCGGAGAGGCGAAGAAUGGAUCACGGUGAAGCCUGCUCGCCAUGCCUUCAUUGUUAAUAUUGGAGAUCAAAUUCAGGUUAUAAGCAAUGCAAAAUACAAGAGCGUGGAGCACAGAGUAAUAGUAAAUUCAGAUAAAGAGAGAGUGUCAUUGGCAUUUUUCUACAACCCAAAAAGUGACAUACCCAUUCAGCCAGCAAAGGAAUUGGUAACCCCAGACACCCCUUCACUCUACCCUCCCAUGACCUUUGAUGAAUAUAGGCUCUUCAUUAGAACCAGAGGUCCACGUGGCAAAUCCCAAGUGGACUCUCUAAAAUCUCCUAGAUAAUAUUACUGAUUUAAUUUUUCGCUUAUUGAACUGAAAAAUAUCGUAAAAAUUAAAAAAAAAAAAACUAAUAAUAGGGUUUUUAAAUUAAAUCCAUUUUGUAUAAUGUAACAUUAUUAAUUAAUUGUGUAAAUCUUGUAAUGAAAAUUUGAGCUGCA